GCCCGGUUGGUGGGGCCUUGGGGGCUUGACGGAGAGGGGCGUCCAGGAGUGCAGGAAGCAAACUGGUUGCCGGGGGUGCAGGAGGGACAGGUGGUUCACGCCGUACAGGAGACGUUGUUGGACGGCAAGGGCUCCCAGCAGGGAGCGGAGCCUCCAGAGGGCCCCAGGACUCGAAGACGCAGGCGGAGGAGGAGGUGGUAGCCAGGAUUCUCCCACCCGCACCUCUGGGAGCUCAGCAUGUAGGUCCGCGGGGCGUGGGCAGCUGCGAACUUGAACGGUGCUGUAAGCUGCAGCCAAAGGACAGGCAGUGGCUUGCGGGGAUCUUCUGUUACCUCGGCCUGGGCUUCACCGAAAGCAGCUGAAAGCAGCAGAUGAAGCUUUCACUAAAGAGCUGGUACACAGAGAUUCAUCCUGAGGAUACAGACUGAGACUUACGUUCCUUCAGAGUCCCCUGGAGCUGCUUCACAGGGUGGCCACCUAGUAGGUGCCUGGGUGUUGGGAGCUGGACCCUGGUAGCAGCCCCUGCUAGCCUUGGGCCUUGGCCUGCACCUUUCUCCCAUCCCGCCCGUCUGCAGAGGCUGGGGAGCGGCAGCAUGCAGCCUGAGGAAGGCACGGGCUGGCUGUUGGAGCUGCUCUCCGAGGUGCAGCUCCAGCAGUACUUCCUGCGGCUCCGAGAUGACCUCAACGUGACUCGCCUGUCCCACUUUGAGUAUGUCAAGAACGAGGACCUGGAGAAGAUCGGCAUGGGCCGGCCUGGCCAGCGGCGGCUGUGGGAGGCUGUGAAGAGAAGGAAGGCCCUGUGCAAGCGCAAGUCAUGGAUGAGCAAGGUGUUCAGUGGAAAGCGACUGGAGGCUGAGUUUCCCCCUCACCACUCCCAGAGCACCUUCCGGAAGCCCUCGCCCACCCCAGGGGCCCCCGCCAGUGAGGGGCCCCUCCAGAGCCUCACCUGCCUCAUCGGGGAGAAGGACUUGCGCCUCCUGGAAAAGCUGGGGGAUGGCUCCUUCGGUGUGGUGCGCAGGGGCGAGUGGGAUGCGCCCUCAGGCAAGACGGUGAGCGUGGCCGUGAAGUGCCUGAAGCCUGAUGUGCUGAGCCAGCCUGAGGCCAUGGAUGACUUUAUCCGGGAGGUCAAUGCCAUGCAUUCGCUUGACCACCGAAACCUCAUCCGCCUCUAUGGCGUGGUGCUCACGCCGCCCAUGAAGAUGGUGACAGAGCUGGCGCCCCUGGGAUCCCUGUUGGACCGGCUUCGGAAACACCAGGGUCAUUUCCUCCUGGGAACGCUGAGCCGCUACGCCGUACAGGUGGCCGAGGGCAUGGGCUACCUGGAGUCCAAGCGUUUUAUUCACCGUGACCUAGCCGCCCGAAAUCUGCUGCUGGCUACCCGUGACCUGGUCAAGAUCGGGGACUUCGGACUGAUGCGAGCCCUGCCCCAGAAUGAUGACCACUAUGUGAUGCAGGAACAUCGCAAGGUGCCCUUUGCCUGGUGUGCCCCCGAGAGCCUGAAGACCCGCACCUUCUCCCACGCGAGUGACACCUGGAUGUUUGGGGUCACACUGUGGGAGAUGUUCACCUACGGCCAGGAGCCCUGGAUUGGCCUCAAUGGCAGCCAGAUCCUGCACAAGAUUGACAAGGAGGGGGAGCGCCUGCCGAGGCCCGAGGACUGCCCACAGGACAUCUACAACGUCAUGGCGCAGUGCUGGGCCCACAAGCCCGAGGACAGACCCACGUUUGUGGCCUUGCGGGACUUCCUGCUAGAGGCCCAGCCCACUGACAUGCGGGCCCUGCAGGACUUCGAGGAGCCGGACAAACUGCACAUCCAGAUGAACGAUGUCAUUACCAUCAUCGAGGGAAGGGCUGAGAACUACUGGUGGCGAGGGCAGAACACGCGGACGCUGUGUGUGGGACCCUUCCCCCGCAACGUGGUGACCUCCGUGGCCGGCCUGUCGGCGCAGGACAUCAGCCACCCCCUGCAGAACAGCUUCAUCCACACAGGGCACGGGGACAGUGACCCCCGCCACUGCUGGGGCUUCCCUGACCGCAUCGAUGAACUGUACCUGGGGAACCCCAUGGACCCCCCUGACCUGCUGAACAUGGAGCUGAGCACCUCCGGGUCCACCCAGCACCUGGGGAGGGUGAAAAGGGAGCCUCCACCUCGCCCUCCUCAGCCUGCCAUCUUCACUUCGAAGCCCACAUACGACCCUGUGAGUGAGGACCCAGACCCCCUGACCAGUGACUUUAAGAAGCUGGGUCUGCGGAAGUCAGGCCUGCCCAGGGGGCUGUGGCUGGCGAAGCCUUCAGCCCGGGUCCCAGGCACCAAGGCUAGCCGUGGAGGCAGCGAGGUCACCCUCAUCGACUUCGGAGAGGACCCUGUGGUGCCAGUUCCUCGGCCUUGUGCACCUUCCCUGGCGCAGCUGGCCAUGGAUGCCUGCUCCUUGCUGGACAAGACUCCUCCCCAGAGCCCUACGCGGGCCCUGCCACGCCCCCUGCACCCCACGCCUGUGGUGGACUGGGACGCACGCCCACUGCCCCCACCCCCUGCCUAUGACGAUGUGGCGCAGGACGAGGAUGACUUUGAGGUCUGCUCCAUCAACAGUACACUGGUGGACACUGAGCUGGCCCCUGGGCCCUGCCAGGGUGAGACCAACUACGCCUUUGUGCCAGAGCCCUCGAUGCACCCCCCAGCGCUGGAGGACAACCUGUUCCUGCCCGCCCAGGGCGGGGGCCCGCCACCCAGCUCGGCGCAGACAGCUCGGAUCUUCCAAGCACUGCAGCAGGAGUGCAUGCGGCAGCUGCAGGUCCCCACGGGCUCGCUGACCCUCUCGCCUAGCCCCAGGGGUGACGACAGGCCCCAGGUGCCACCCCGUGUGCCCAUCCCCCCUCGGCCCACACGCCCAAGGGUGGAGCUGUCUCCAGCCCCCUCAGGAGAGGAGGAACUGGGCCGGUGGCCUGGACCUGCAUCCCCUCCUCGGAUACCUCCCCGGGAGCCCCUGUCCCCACAAGGUUCGAGAACCCCCAGCCCCCUGGUGCCACCUGGCAGCUCCCCGCUGCCACAGCGGCUCUCCAGCUCCCCUGGGAAGACCAUGCCUACCACUCAGAGCUUUGCCUCCGACCCCAAGUAUGCCACCCCUCAGGUGAUCCAGGCUCCUGGCGCCCGGGCAGGGCCUUGCAUCCUGCCCAUCGUGCGUGAUGGCCGGAAGGUCAGCAGCACCCACUAUUACCUGCUGCCCGAGCGCCCUCCCUACCUGGAGCGCUACCAGCGCUUCCUCCAGGAGGCGCCAAGUCCCGAGGAGCCGGCCCCACAGCCUGCACCCCUCCUGCUGCCACCACCCAGCACCCCAGCCCCUGCAGCCCCAACUGCCACUGUGCGACCCAUGCCCCAGGCUGCCCCCAACCCCAAAGCCAACUUCUCUACCAACAACAGCAACCCUGGUGUCCGGCCGCCUGCCCUGCAGAGGGGCUGCCUGGGGGAUGGGUUGGAGACUGCGCGGCCAGCAGACAAGGUCCAGAUGCUGCAGGCCAUGGUGCAUGGGGUGACCACAGAGGAGUGCCAGGCUGCCCUGCAGAGCCAUGCCUGGAGCGUGCAGAAGGCUGCCCAGUAUCUGAAGGUGGAGCAGCUCUUUGGGCUGGGGCUGCGACCAAGGCUAGAGUGUCACAAAGUGCUGGAGAUGUUUGACUGGAACUUGGAGCAGGCUGGCUGCCACCUCCUGGGCUCCUGUGGCCCUGCCCACCACAAGCGCUGAGUGGCAUCUGAGACCGAGGGUCUGCCCUGACAGAGUGACGCGAGCUGCCCAUGUGCCAGGGUGGAGAGGCUGCCCACCCAGGCCGGAAGACCUGCUGUCGCCGUUGUUCUAUGCCACAGUGAGGUCGGCGCCCACCUCCCUCAGCUGGCGCUGGCCCUGCUCACUUGGGUUCAGCCCUCAGUGCCCCUGCCAGGGUAGGAAGGGCCCUGUGAACCAGCCAGGACAUCCAAGGCUAGGCCGGGUCCUGUCCAGGGGACCAGCCUGAGAGGGAGCCAUUGUGACCCGGCGGGAGGUGUGCGCCCAUGCAGAGAGGCCAUGGUCUCUGGUGGUUGGGGCCAGGGCUCCAGGAGCCCUGCUGGCACUGGGGGGCAGGCAGGAAUCGACUGUGGCCUCGUGGACUGUAGAUGUGCUACGGGGCUUUGCCCACCUUAGGCUCUUGUGCCUGGAAAUAGCCAGGGUGGCUUGGGAAGCAGAGAGGAGGUGCCAGACCGUUUUCUGGCAGGGACCAGGGUCCAAGGCCCCAGGGUUGGGAGGAGACCAAGGGCCAGCUGCCCUAGAGGGACACCAGUGCUUCCUGUAUGCACCCAACUCUUCCUCUGUGCCGUUCUGUUUCCCACCAGCCUCUGUCGCCAAAGCUGCUGCCCCAGCUAUCAAUAUCUGCUUCUUUCAGAGAAAUAAAGUUAGUUUCUAUUUUAUGUUA